ACCGAUGGGCGGAAAGUACUAACGUCGCUCUGUGUCCGAAUUUGUUUUUGAUCUUCUGGUGUACUGCAAAUAAGUGCGAGAGUUGGUCUCAAAAUCCUCGAUAUCCGGGCCAGUUCCGUGAGUUUCUCGUCCCGACUGGCCUAGUAAUAGUUCUGUGAACGGUCUCGUGCGGCUCGAAUAAGCACCGUGAUAAUUCACUGUGUGGUAGGAGAAUUCGAUAUCCAAGUGCGAAGCUACCAAGGAAAGAGAUGGCAGCCGGGAACACCCAGCAGCAAGAGGAUAUUCGCUGUAUGAAACGAUCCAUGACGCUCGAUCUGGAGGCUGGGGGAGCUCGGGCCAAGCGUAUGCGAGGCCAAUUCAGCAACUCGCCUGUGUUGACAUCUCCAGACCUCAGCAGGUUCGCAUUGGCUUCCCCCGAAGUUGAGCAGUUCAUAAAAGGCAACAUUCAAACGACCACGAGCUCUUCAACUCAGCCAACACCCAUAAACGUCUACUUAUACCCGACCAAAGAAAUCACGGACAGUCAAGCACAAUUCGCGAAAGGAUUCGAGGAAGCUCUGGCAAAGGUGCAAGAAAAUGAACAAAGAGCUGCUAAAGCUGAGCCAACCGUGGUGUCGCUGUCUUCUACAGCAACGACGGGCACGGCAGCAUCGGUGGCAGUGACGACGGGGGCUACGACGACAUCAACAACUGCAGCCGCCUCAACAGCUGCACCAGCGGCGGCGGACAAGCUGACAACGUACACUAACUUGACGGCAGCGAAUCUACACAGCCUCAACGUUCAAAUGGGAACCGUAUCAAACUGUGAUCCGAACGGGUCGUCUGACGGAAUCGGCUCCGACACGAGCGAUUCCAUGACUCUCAAAGACGAACAGACCAGCCUUUCCGCGGGAUCGUUGGGCAGAAUAAACAUGGGAGACCAGGAGAAAAUGAAGCUGGAGCGGAAACGACUCCGGAACCGCAUAGCCGCGUCGAAAUGCCGCAAGAAGAAGCUCGAGCGAAUCACGCAGCUUGAAGAUCAGGUGAAUCGGUUGAAAAACGACAAUCAAGAAUAUGAGAAAAUGAUCAGCCUAUUGCGAAACGAAGUUUCUUCCUUGCGGCAAGAGGCAUUGAUUCACCGCCAGCACGGCUGUUUAAUUGACCUCUGAACGAG